UGCAUAUUAAAUUUGUUACUUUAUUCAUAUAAAUAAAACAUAGGGAAUGGCUUCUGUAGUUGGGUGAAGUUCUUUCACAGUUCAUGCUUGAAAUGGAAAUGUGAAGAAUUAGUUCUUUAAUUGUGUGGAGCUGGGUGGAGUUACUCUUAAAACUGUACUACUAUGCAUAAGUUUAUUUUUAAAAAGAUAAUUCAGUAAUGCCUUCAUAUAGAUCCAGAAAAUGGCUUCUCCUGUAAAGCUAGAAUUAACAUUGACUUUUUUAGGUUUUUAACUGUAAAUUCUGCAUUGAUUUGUAAUGAACAGCUUAUUGCAGUGUGUCUCCUGGUCUCUGCAGGCAAAUUGAAUGCCCCAGCCUGUAGAAAGUGCGAGGGCUUUGGGGUUUCUACUAGAUUUUCCAUGGUGUGGAAACAUUUUCUGUAAUGCCCAGUGAAUGCAGCCAAACUCUUUACUAUCUACCUGGCAGGGGUGGGCGGUGGUUUCUGGCAGGGUCACAGUAACCAGGAUAACUUGCUUUCUCUUUGAACCUCCGAGGUUAGGGCUGGGGCUGGUGGCCUCGGACGUUCUGCUCCACACAGCCUUGUUUACACACUUCCUCAAACAUCUUCCUGAAGUUAACUAAGUCAGAGUUUGUUCCCUGGAGAAGAAUUUGUUCUUGAGUUGCAACUGCAUGUUUCUUACCCUUCCCAGAGGCUGGGGAGGAAGAGCAGGGGUACAUGGAAAAGAGAUCUUAAAGACAUGCAGAUUGUUCUGCAUUUGCUUUAAGCCAGUAGUACAAGAAGAGGGAGAAGAAGCUCCUGCUUCACCUCCCCUCCAGCCUUGUGGACAGGAAAGCAUGAAAUGAGACUGCUUAAGCCAUGCAGAGCCCUGACAGGGAGCAAUGCAGGUGGCCUUCAGGGUUGUCAUUUUAGAAAUGCCUUGUGCCAUACCAAUAUGGAAAAGUUUGAUCUCUUUGGUUUUUCUCACUGUGAGGAUGAACAUGUGGGCUGAGUGCCCUCUUUUUGUGGUAAGAGGGCACGUAAUAAAAUAGUAAAUAUUUUGGAUUCAGCUAAGAUGUCUUCCAUCUUCCGUGUCUUUCAAAGUUGUAAGGUGCUUUCAUGUAAGGAUGUGUUCAGCAUUGUAAACCAACAUACGCUGAUACACUCAGCAAGCUGAGUGAGAAAAGAUAUGGAUUGACAAAGUGUUCAACUUGGGAGAUUCGUGCCUGGUUAUUGCAUUUGGCUUAUGCUGCAUGCCAGCAUCCUCUGUUCUAUAUAGUUACUGUUGUCAUUAAUUUCUGCUGUAUUUCUGGUAUCAAGGGAUUCAAUUCUUAAAAAGAAUGCUUUUUUCCUUGUAUAGACACUUCAAAACCCAGUGGGUCCAAGUUGACUCUCUUAGGAAUGGAAAAUACAGGAAAAAGGCUUAGAAGGUACCAGAGUAGUAAUGUAAAAAAAAAGUUCAGUGUUCCUUGUACCUGAGUUGCUCAUUAUUUUAGCCAAAAAAGAAUUUCUCAGUCUGAGGGAGUUUUUUUAUUCCACAAAAGGAGAGAAGUCAGGAUUUGAGGACUCCUAGACCCUCCUGCAAAUCCUGUCUCUUCUACAGUACAAGACGGACUUCCCUUUCUGAAGGAAAAAAAAAUUGUUGGAAAGGUUUGAUCUGAACAUUGCCCGUUGACAUGUCCAUGAAAAAGGUCUUGAUGACAUCUCAUUCAAAUGUUUACUGUCUGUUCCAAAUAAAACAGUGACAGUAAUUUUCCUUGGCUGUUGCUCUUUGGGAUACAGUUUACUAAUGUCACAAACCUUUGUGAACACUGGCAUUUCUCAGAAAAAUAGUGUCUUUAACCAGGCUUUAAUUCGUGAUAGUAAACUAAUGAAACUGCUUACUGUUUGUCUUUCUAAACUCAUUCGAAGUACAGUUAUACUUAAUCUUGAAAUCAUUAUUUAUAUUGAAAAUCCUGAAAUACAGAUUAGCUCUUUUUGAGAAGUUAAGUGUACGUAUGGUAAGCAGAACAGUGCUACUGAAUUGUGAGAUUUGUCUUUUAAGCAUGUGGUUAAGUUCCAGCAUGUUCAGGUACAAUGGUAAACCAUCUUGUCCCGGUAAAUGUGCUGAAGUAUUUAAUUCUCCCUGGUGUCUCAGCAGUAAAUUAGUAUGCUCUGUUUGCUUGUUCUGACCUGCUCUGAGUUGCGUGUUUGUGGCAAUGUUUUACAGUUCUGCUGCUAGUGAGGAUGCCCAGCAAAACCAAAUGAAGAAGAAUUGCUUUGACAUUUUGAAAUCAGCUACAUAUGAAUUGCAUUCCUUUAUUUUAAAAUUGACUGGAAAUGAGAAUAUAGGUCCAGUGCCAGGGCAAGCCACUUGUAGACCCUGGGAAUCAAGACUGGAGGGGAGAGAGCACAGCCAGAACUUUUAGAUUUUUGGCUUCUUUUCAACCUACCGGGUGGACUGUUGAGGAACUAGCAAGGGGAACUAGUAGGAAGUCUGCCAGUUUCUGUCAUGUAGACAGAUUUCCAUAGGAGCUUCAUCAAAAUAGGUCUUUCACUUUUUCGGCAAAUAGUUUUUUGAAAGUAUUUCUUCCCCGGAAGGAACUUAGUUGUAUGCAUUAGUAUUUCAACUGUAUUUAACGUACUUGCAUGUGUGUAAGUGAUUGAAAACUAAAUAGCCAUAAAUAGUAGGACUUAGACAAAAACUCCGAUUUUAAUCUUGUGAGUGAGCCUCUAGCUUAAAGCCUUAAACAGUGGUGGAGCCUCAUAGGCUUUAUUGGUAUUCUUAGCGAGCAAGUGUUCACUUCAUGUGCAUCUAUUGUAUUAGUAAUAUUGGUAUCUUAGCCUGAAAUAAAACAAGGUAUUUAUCGCCAAGUGGGUGACUGACUAGUGUGGGCUCUGUUCAAAACGUAAUUUCCACUUCAGAGGAAAAUCUGCACCUAAAUUUACCACUGUGGCCAUCUUGGAGUUACAUGUGACUGUCUGGGUUCUGAGUGAGCUUUCUCUGCUCAUCAGCUCUUAGUAGCAGCUGGCAGCAGGAUGAAGCUACCAUAGUUGUACUCACACUGGCUAGGUAAGUUCUUCGCACUUUGUGGCACUCAGCUGCAUAAAACUUUUUCCAGGGCUUGUAAAGUUAGCAGGUUGGACUGCUUCUGAUGCUUCAGGCACUGCAUACCUCUGUAGAACUUCAGGGGGAAAAAGAAGGGUGCAACAUCUGGUUAUGGAGUAUGUGCUACAAACUGCAAGACUUCCUGGCUGUAACAGAAUCUACAUAGGAAUGUGUGGUUCAAUUAGCACACUUAAGUUGCUUUAGCCUGGGCUGAGCUGAUAGUGUUUUGAUAAAUGCUGAUUUGUUAAAUACCUAAAACUCAUGGAUUUGUCAUGAUUAAAACCUGGAUUCAAAGGAUAUAAUGGUGAAAGUGGUCAAAAGUAAGACUGUUUCUUUAAUGUUUCUAGGACCUUUAGCUAUAAAUAGCUAUACUUACAGAGCUAUAAGGUUUUGAAAAAAAAACCCGUUUGUUUCAUCCAGCUUAUUGGGAAAUAAUUCGGGUCUUUCAUUAAUGGUUGUGAGGGGAAGGACUAAUGAGCAAAUUUGCCUUCUCUGGUUAACAUUGGUUCAAAAACUACAUUAAGUUUCUCUGAUCAUAAAGCCAAAAGUGCUAAAACUUGGAUUUGCACAGCUACUAAGGUGGAGGACUGAUUUAUACUAUAGCAGCAUUUUCAGAGAUGUGACGUGUUAUCUGUACGAAAGAGCUCAACUGGUUAUACUACUUAGGACCAGCUCUGUUCUUCCCUUUGUGGGAAGAAGCUCCCUUUCCCUCGUGUUAAGGGAGCUGGUGCCUUAGGAAGGAUACUCUUUUUUCCAUUAAGUAUUGUCAGUUAAUCUCUGGUUGACAAGACACCAUUGCCUCCAGAUCUCAAAAUAUUUGUGCAUCAGACAUGAUGGCAAAUUUCUGAUUUGGUGAAGGUACAGAAUAGGCAUAUGAAUUUUGUGCUAUUAACAUUUUAAAAACUACUGGUUUUUGCUUGAAACCACAAAUAAUUAUGCAGUCAAGAUUUUCAAUGUAGCUAUUAUCAAGUAAGGUUUUGGCAUUUUUCUUAACUGUCAGUCUGCCCAAUCUUUCCUCAUGUUUCUUUAUAAUCACUUCGGAGGAGGAAAAAAAGCUCUGUAGAACUUGCUCUUUUUCCCCCCUUAAGCUCAUUUUAGAGAACCAGCAUUUCACUUUAUCUCCUGAAGUCCCAAUGUAUGCUUCAUUGCAUUUCUGAAUCUCAUUGUGAAAAGACCUGCAUUUUGAUACUUAAAAGGAAAUAGGAAAUGAGACAAUAUGGGUCUAGCAUACUCCCUUUCCAUGUUCAAAUAAAUGGCAUGUUUUUAUAACUGGGAGGGGAUGAAGCUGGCUCUCACAAGGGAAGUGGUUAGUUCUUACCAUGGUGACUUUUGAUAAGGAUUUGUUGGGCUACUGUAUACUUAUUUGCACUUGCUAAAAUAAUAUAUAAUUACAGGAUUUAAAAUUCUUAACCCUUUCUCUGUAACUGCAUUCAGUGAUUGUGAGUGGGCAGCCAAGGAAUAAGAAUUGAGAACUCUGCUAUAUCAUAUUCAUACAGCAGCUUGUUUCUAAUCCUAUGUAGGUGCAUGACUGGCUGGCUAAUACUUGACAUGGACACACUAAGCAAGUAUGGGAAGUGUGUCUUCUGAAAGUGGUCACCUUCCCUGUGGAGAGUAUUCAGAGUUUGUGUUAUGUAUCUGAGUAUUCCUAAGGCUGACUAUGCAAAUCCCUUUUGGUUUUCCAGGACAGGAUUAUGUGACAGUGUGUUCUUCACCGGUCCCAGGCUACAAUCAGCCUUGUUCCAACGUUUCAAAGGCAUGUUUUCUUUCUGAUGUCUGCAUGGACUUGGGGCUCUGUCACCCCUUUGCUUGUCCCAGGUCGCCUGACAUUUUAAUGUAGCAAUUAAUUCAAUGGGUCACAGUGAAGACAUGAGUCUUCAGCUUCUAGUUCACAGUCAGGUCACUCCAGUACCUAGUAAAAUAUUAACUUGCUAAGAAAAGUAUUUCCAUAAACAGUCCAUUAGUAAGUCACAAGGUUACGACUCAUUUCACAUGCAGACUUUUCCCCAGUUAUAGUUACACCAGUGUGUCCUGGGAACUAGUUUUUAUUUCUGGACUUUUAUAUGUUUUUGUUGUUUCAUAAUGAUUUGAAAAGCACUUGCACACCUCCUUAAAGAAGUGAGACUGCUUUCCCAGUUACUGUCCUGUAUUUGAGACGCUGCUACUGUCAUACAAGUUCUCAUGUCGUGACAUGGAGAAUAAAGAAACCCUUAGGGGUUUGCAGAAGAUGGAUGACCGCCCAGAAGAGCGCAUGAUCAGGGAGAAACUCAAGGCAACGUGUAUGCCAGCCUGGAAGCAUGAAUGGCUGGAAAGAAGAAGCAGGAGAGGCCCUGUGGUGGUGAAACCUAUCCCUGGAAAAGUAGAUGGAUCAGAAAUGAACAAACUCUGUCUAGAUCCUCAAGCUGAAGGACAAAGCACUGCUUCGUCGCCUACACAGAAAGGAAGACGUAGUCCUUCUCCCAGCAGUUCCUCUUCAUCAUCUGCUAGGACAGUUAAAUCUGAGUCACCAGGUGUUAGAAGAAAAAGGGUAUCUCCAGUGCCUUUUCAGAGCGGACGGAUAACGCCCCCGCGCCGAGCCCCGUCUCCAGACGGCUUCUCUCCAUACAGCCCCGAGGAGACAAAUCGCCGUGUCAACAAAGUGAUGCGAGCCAGGCUCUACUUGCUGCAGCAGAUAGGACCCAACUCUUUCUUAAUUGGGGGCGACAGCCCUGAUAAUAAAUACAGAGUGUUUAUUGGGCCCCAGACUUGUAGCUGCGGCCGCGGGACAUUUUGUAUUCAUCUGCUGUUUGUUAUGCUGAGGGUCUUCCAGCUUGAACCCUCAGACCCAAUGCUCUGGAGAAAGACACUGAAGAACUUUGAGGUUGAGAGUUUGUUCCAGAAAUAUCACAGUAGGCGUAGCUCGAGGAUCAAAGCUCCAUCUCGUAACACCAUCCAGAAGUUUGUCUCACGCAUGUCAAAUUCUCAUACAUUGUCAUCAUCUAGUACUUCUACAUCUAGUUCAGAAAACAGUAUGAAGGAUGAAGAAGAACAGAUGUGCCCCAUUUGUUUGUUAGGCAUGCUGGAUGAAGAGAGUCUAACGGUGUGUGAAGAUGGCUGCAGGAACAAAUUACACCACCACUGCAUGUCAAUAUGGGCAGAGGAAUGCAGAAGAAACAGAGAGCCACUCAUCUGUCCACUUUGUAGAUCUAAAUGGAGAUCCCAUGAUUUCUAUAGUCAUGAAUUGCCAAGCCCUGUGGAUUCUUCUGUUCUCCGUGUGGUUCAGCAACAAUCUCAGCAGCAGUCUGCAGUUGGAUCACAGAGAAGAACUCAAGACAGCAAUUUUAACCUUACUCAUUACGGAGUCCAGCAGAUCCCUUCUACAUAUAAAGAUUCAGCUGAGCCAUGGAUUCAGGUAUUUGGGAUGGAGCUAGUUGGCUGCUUGUUUUCUCGAAACUGGAAUAUACGAGAGAUGGCACUUAGACGUCUUUCCCAUGAUGUUAGUGGUGCUCUGUUACUGGCUAACGGUGAAAGCACUGGAAACUCCGGAAGCAGCAAUGGAAACAGCACAAGUGCUGGAGCUCUGGGAGCAGCUAGUGGGUCAUCUCAGACCAAUAUCUCAGGAGAUGUGGUGGUGGAAUCCUGCUGCAGUGUGCUGUCCAUGGUCUGUGCUGACCCUGUCUACAAAGUGUAUGUUGCUGCUUUAAAAACUUUAAGAGCCAUGCUAGUGUACACUCCCUGUCAUACUUUGGCAGAGAGGACUAAACUACAGCGACUUCUCAAGCCAGUAGUAGAGACGAUAUUAGUUAAAUGUGCAGAUGCUAACAGUCGAACAAGUCAACUUUCAGUCUCAACGCUAUUGGAGAUGUGUAAAGGUCAAGCAGGCGAGCUGGCAGUUGGGAGAGAAAUACUUAAGUCUGGAUCCAUUGGUAUUGGAGGUGUUGAUUAUGUCUUAAAUUGUAUUCUUGGAAACGAAAUUGAAUCUAGCAACUGGCAAGCACUGCUGGGACGACUUUGUCUAAUAGACAGACUUCUGUUGGAAUUUCCCAGUGAAUUUUACCCCCACAUUGUCUGUGGAGAUGUCUUGCAGGCUGACACAGUAGUUGACAGGUAUAAGAAACUUCUCUCCCUCUUAACGUUCGCCUUGCAGUCAAUUGACAAUUCCCACUCAAUGGUUGGCAAACUGUCACGGAGAGUAUUUUUAAGUGCAGCAAGAAUGGUAGCAAGAGUGCCCCAUAUUUUUAUAAAGCUGUUAGAUAUGUUGAGUGUGACAAGCUCAACUCAUUAUGCAAGGAUGCGUCGACGUCUGAUGGCAAUAGCAGAUGAAAUGGAAAUUGCAGAAGCCAUUCAGUUAGGCAUGGAAGAAAUGCACUCUGGGGAAUGCCGACAUGAAGACUUUUUACAGCUACCCGUGCCAGAUAACUCUCCAGAAACUACAGAAAAUAAUACCCCUAAUAAUACUGUGCAGUUAUCAGGGAAAAGUGGGAAAGGUUUGAGUGACAGAAAACUGAGUGCCAGUCCAGAUGACAUUUCUGAGAUGCUAGCUGGCCUUGCUAUGGGACUUCCUGUUUCAUCAGUAACCACUGAGCAACCAAAACCAGCCAUUCAAACAAAAGGAAAACCCCAUGGUCAGUGUGUGAACUCUCCUCCCUCAUCCAGUCAUUCCCAGUCACUAUUCCCAACACUUCUGUCUCCAUCAAACCCAUCUGUACCAGCUGGCACUGUAACAGAUGUCUCUAAACUCAGACCUCAGGGAUUUGUUCCCUGCAAAAUCCCCUCACCUUCUCCUCAAACACAGCGGAAACUUUCUCUCCAGUUUCAACGAAAUUGUUCUGAAAAUAAAGAAUCUGAGAAACUUUCUCCAGUUUUUACCCAAGCCAGACCACUGCCAUCCAGUCACGUCCAUAGGCCAAAGCCAUCACGACCCACCCCAAGUGAUAUGAACAAGCAAGGAGAAACCUUAAAAAGCAGUAUGACACUUGACCUGAAUGAUAUUUCACAGUGUGAUGGCAGUAGCAGUGCAGUUAUACCAAGUGAAGAGACAGUGUUCACACCAGUAGAUGAAAAGUGCCGGCUGGAUGUUAAUGCAGAGCUGAAUUCCAGUAUUGAGGACCUACUUGAGGCUUCCAUGACGAGUGAUGGCACAGUUACAUUCAAGUCUGAAGUUGCAGUUCUUUCUCCUGAGCGGGCAGAAAAUGAUGAUACUUACAAAGAUGAUGUCAAUCAUAAUCAAAAAUGCAAGGAAAAGAUGGAAGCUGAAGAGGAGGAAGCUUUAGCUAUUGCUAUGGCAAUGUCAGCAUCCCAAGAUGCCUUGCCAGUAAUUCCUCAGCUACAGGUCGAAAAUGGUGAAGACAUUAUAAUCAUUCAGCAGGAUACACCAGAAACCCUGCCUGGACAUACCAAAGCAAAACACCAUUACAGAGAAGAUGCAGAAUGGCUUAAAGGUCAGCAAAUUGGUCUUGGAGCUUUCUCUUCCUGUUACCAAGCUCAAGAUGUGGGAACAGGAACAUUAAUGGCUGUAAAACAGGUGACAUAUGUCAGGAACACAUCAUCUGAGCAAGAAGAGGUAGUGGAAGCACUGAGGGAAGAAAUAAGGAUGAUGAGUCAUCUGAACCAUCCUAAUAUUAUUCGAAUGUUGGGUGCAACAUGCGAGAAGAGCAACUAUAACCUCUUUAUUGAAUGGAUGGCAGGGGGUUCAGUUGCUCAUUUGUUAAGUAAAUAUGGAGCCUUCAAAGAAUCAGUUAUUAUUAAUUACACAGAACAACUGUUACGUGGCCUUUCUUACCUCCAUGAGAAUCAGAUAAUCCAUAGAGAUGUUAAAGGUGCCAAUUUGCUAAUUGACAGCACAGGUCAUAGAUUAAGAAUUGCUGAUUUUGGAGCUGCAGCCAGGUUGGCAUCAAAAGGAACUGGUGCUGGGGAGUUUCAGGGACAGUUGUUGGGAACUAUUGCAUUUAUGGCACCGGAGGUCCUGAGAGGUCAGCAAUAUGGAAGGAGCUGUGAUGUGUGGAGUGUUGGCUGUGUUGUCAUAGAAAUGGCUUGUGCUAAACCUCCUUGGAAUGCAGAGAAACACUCCAAUCAUCUUGCUCUGAUAUUUAAGAUUGCUAGUGCAACUACUGCUCCAUCAAUCCCUACACAUCUGUCUCCAGGCUUGAAAGAUGUGACUCUUCGGUGUUUAGAACUUCAACCUCAGGACAGACCCCCUUCUAGGGAGCUGCUGAAACACCCAGUGUUCCGUACUACAUGGUAGCUACUUAUUUGUAAGCCUGAAAUACUGAAGAAAAUGCUACUGAAUAUACAGUAACUGUCUUGCAGUGCAGUUAAGCACAGCAAAUUAUAUUAUUCUGCUGGCCUUAAUGAUAGAUACAUCAAGAACAUAAGGCCAGUGGAGGACCCUACCUAAGUAUGUGAUUGACAAAUCAAGAUCUUUACCUAAGCUCAGUAUGCAACAUUUGACAAUUCAUGCAGAGAUUUGCAAACUGUGCCUUUUUAAACAUCUGGCUCUAUGUUAACAUAAAAACAUUUUUCCUUAAAUCUGCAUGAUUAUUUAGCAGGUAAGUGAUUUUUAUUUUAUUUAGAGCACUUUUUCAGCAGUAUUAGAAGCUGAGAGGCUCAAGAUCUAUUUUAAUAUAGCAAUCACUGUUCAAUUUCACAUGUAGAUGCUCUGCAAUUAGUAAGUUUUCAGUACUGGUUAAAAGGGCAUUCUGUAUCUGUCCCUUUUAAUUACAUUUUGUUCUCUGAGUAAAAAAUCCAAAUAUUGGUGGAAACUUUAAAAAAAGCAUUUGCCUUCCUAUAAAGUAAGAGCAGGCACUCAUGGUUCACUGUGCAUUUGCUGCUGGCCAUGUAAUUUCUUUUGAAAUCAAAGUUUGUUUUCUUUGUAUUUUUAACUUUCAUGAAAAGGGGAUAUUUUAAAAUAGUCUUUAGAAAAAAAAAAGAUGCAAGCUGUGUCAUGGAAUACUUUCCUGACACAAGAGUUUUAAAACCAGAUUUGCUGGAAAUCUGGGAUAAAAUGCCACCUUCAACAAGGAUAUGUUGAAGGCUCUGAUAGUAUAGGUUAUUUAAUAAAAAAGAUUGUUCUGUAUAAAGCAACUUAGUCUGAACCAUGCUAGAAGUUGUUGAGCCUUUUUUUUUUUUUUCAUAUAGCAGUUUCUUCUGGCAAAUCGUGUAGAGAAGUAUCAUGUCAAAGGCCCCCCAAACCCAGCUCCCAUUAAAGAUUUUAUGGGAGACCUUGGCAUGUACUUCAGUGUGAGCAGGUGCCAAAUGAGCAAAUCUCAUUCUUUGUGUAAAGAAACUGAGGUUACAUUCUCUACUGAUAACAAGUUUUACCUGCUGUUUUCCUUCUGCCGUACAUCAUCUAUUUACUGUAGCCAUUAGUGAUAAUUUAAUUUGAAAAUGUUAAAAAUAUUACCAUAAGAAAGGUAUUUAUUUUAACAAGAAACAAACUUGGACUUGAAGAUCAAGAUAAAGUAAAAUGUGAAGUAAAGCUUCACCUGUAGUGCAAAACUUGUUGGUUUUAGGAGCUGUGGGGUUUUUUUUAAACAGGUUUUUAAAAUUAUUUUAAAGGCAGGUUUUUAGAUUCUGAUGCAUGUAAUUCUGAAGGAAAAUGGCAGCUUUUUCUUUUGCUUUUUUAAAAAUGGGGAUCUUUUUUAAUCUAAUAAUGAUUGUGUUUAAUCCAUUUUGAAAAAAAAUACUGUUCAUGUUACAACUCUUCAGAAGCCAGUUGGAUUGUUGGACUCAAAUAGAAUUGGUUAUUUUCAAAGACUCAGGACAAACUAAAUAAGCUAUAGUACCUUAAAAAUGUAUAAUACAAAUUGGAAACAAGACAUAAAGAUAAGUUUACAUGAAUGAUAGUGUUCAUACUAAUAAAAAAAACAAAACCCAUGUCAUUAGUUGUGAAUGUGUUUCUUUUGGAAAUUUUACAUUCCUUUGUUUUUGAAGAUUGGCAGACUUUGAAGAGUUAAAAAGAUAAUACCGAAAUGUGAAGUUUGGUAGCUCUGUUUUGUACUUGACUUUUUUUUUUGACCACUUUAGAAUUUCUCAUUCUAAUAAGAUUGUUUCCAAGUCUUUCUUAUGUGCAAGCUUUAAAGGAUGCACUCUUGCCAAUUCAUGUACUGGAAGAUCAGUUGUCAGAUUAAUACUGUUUCUGGCAGAAAUGUAAACUGUAUAAACUGAUGAACCUCAGCUAAUCAGUAUUACUAUGUAGAUCACCAUGCCUAGCACAUUUCAAACUCAAACUGCCUCUUAGGUGUCCAAAUGCAUUUGUUUGAGUUUGCAUUUCCCUUGGCUUGCUGGUAAUUGUGGUGUUUUUAAAAUGGAGAUGUGAUGUAAUAUUCUUAUUUUCUUUGGAUCAAAGCUGGACUGAAAAUUGUAUUGUGUAAUUAUUUUUUGUGUUCUUAAUGUUAUUUGGUACUUAAGUUGUAAAUAACGUCUACUGCUGUUUAUUCCAGUUUCUACUACCUCAGGUGUCCUAUAGAGUUUCUUCUACCAAAGUUCACUUUCACAAUGAAAUUAUAUUUGCUAUGUGACUGAUUCCUAAGACUUCCAGGGCUUAAGGGCUAACUUCUAUUAGCACCUUACUGUGCAAGCAAAUUUUACAGAAAUCUCUGGGUUAAGAAAUUUGGCUUCAUUGUAUCCUUUGUUAUUUUAAAUAUAUCAAGAUAUUUUAAUUAAAAGUUUUUACCCCACUGAACCAAUUUUAUAUAGUACAAUUUGUACGUAUUUUGGUGUUUUUUUGUCUUUAUAGUAAAUAAAAGUUUUUGAACAAACUUUGUCCUUUGCUUACUGUAAGAUGAACACGUUUCUUUUACUGAUGGAAAUAAAAUAUUUCUGGUACACUUCACUGUUUACACACAAUUUCGUACACUUGAUAUAUCAAGAUUUAGUUUCUAAUAUUAAAUGACACGAGUGAAUACUGGCCUACAUACAUAUUUAUAUGUCUUGGGUGAAUUAAUAAAGAAUACUUACAUAAAGGGCAGCAA